AGUAUGUAACCCACUAUACUUCCUACAAAAUUUUAAUUUAAGAAGAAAUUGUAGACUAUCCAAGGUAUAUAAUAAAAACUAUUUAAAAUCAUAAUUUUGGUGAAAUUGAACGAAUUGUUUAAUUGAUUACAGUUGUCAUUUUCGUUCAGGUAUAAUUUACAAAAAAGCAUGUAUCUUUUCUUAUCAGUUAGUCAAGGAGAAUUUUUAUCAGUAUCAACUAAAAAACUUUUCUAUUAACUUGUGGUGGUUUGUUAUAACUAUAAAUGAUUAAUCAUGAAGGAUUUAAUAAAGAACAAAUGUCGCAUUUGUGUAAAAGUGUUUUGUUGCGAAAAUUGUCGUGAAAAGCACGAAGUAAGUUUCCAUAAUGUGAACCCUGUGUGUGAAAUCUGUUUACAUGGGAAAGUUUAUUCGAAAAAGGUUACUGGGCGUUUAUUACACCACAUAAAAGACAAACAUUUACCUCUCUCUUGCGUGUUCUGUAAAAAACUAUUUGAAAAUUUAACAGAAACUGAAUUUCACUCUAAAUGUUUAAGAAUUACCAACAACAGAUUAGAAAUGAAUCCUGUGACUCCCAUUAAUCGUCAGAGUCCAUUGAAAAUACAAACACCCUACCAAAAAAGUAUUAUUAUGGCAAGUAAUGCAUACUUUGCUGUAACAAAUACCACUGUGCACCCUACUACAAGUACUCCAUUACAAAAUAUGAGAAGUGAAAAUAAUAUUUUGGAAAAGAUAUCUAGUGAUUUAACACCACUAGAUAAUCGAGAGAGAGAAAACGCCAACACGUCUCGAAUUACUCCCGUUACUACUGAUGAACCAAAAAAAAUGGAAGAAUUAAAAAGAAAAGUUACAUUCUGUGACACUCCAAAUGUAGAAUAUCAAAAAAACAGACAAGGUUCAUUUACAAAAGACCUCGUGAAAUAUUUGAUUGUAGAAGAGGACUGUCAAUGCACUGCAUCAACAGAAAAAUGUGACCAUUCACUAACAAUACCAAAAAGUGAGACAAAUGAGAAUAUUUUCCAAAAUUUAGACACUGACAGAAAUUCUAAACUAUCACAAAACGAAAAACAUACAGAACAAAUACACAAAACUAAUGAUUAUGAUCAAAAGAACGAUAUGAAGAAUUAUGAGUCAUUAUUUAAAUCUUGUGACGAGAAAUUUGCAGAAAGCAAGUCAGAACAACGUCUGGGAGAGGAAGACUGUUCUCAAAGAAAUGUUACAGCUUCCAAUAACACCGAACAGUUUUCACGUAAUUCUGACGAAUUUCGCACACCACUUUCAAACCCUGAACCCUCUGAAACAUUUAAAAAUAAUGCACACUUCCAAUGUAAAACUCCAACUCUCACAUGCAACAAUAAUCAUAAUAGUCCUUCUGAAACUAGCUCAACUGGAAUAAGUUAUACUAAGGAAAAUGAAACAUCUAGCAAAGUUGCACACGAGGCACAAUCGAAAAGUAAUAGCGAAAACGAGUUUAGAACACCACUAUGUGAAAUAAACUGCUGUUUAAUAGUUGAAAAAUCAUGUAGCGGUAAUAACUUCAAUGCCGUGAACAUCAUUAAAAAAACUAUUGAUCUGCAAUGCACCCCAAAAAUAAAAGAAAUAGAAUGUAACAAAUGCAUUCUAGAUGGUACAAACUUAAUAGAAACAAACAUAAACGAAAUUAGUGACGAAAUGAGAACAAGAAAACCAGUUGCCCAGUCCUCAAUUAUCCAAUACUGCGUACAAAGAACGCAGAAAACUGAAAUUUGUGAAACUAGAUUUACCACAACUGCUGUAUCUGAGGAUUCUAGCAUCACUGCAAAUAAAACCAAUAGCCUAUGGUCUUCAAUGACUAAUUUAGUGAAAACAGUUUUUCAUGGAUUCUCUUCGCAUGGUGUAACUGAAAUUAAAAAAUCAAAUCCAUUAAAACGCUCAUAUUGUGAAGAUGGCAAUAUCAACUCUGAACAAGAACCUUACCUAAAAAGAAUGAAAUUAACAGAUAUUCGAUGUCGUCCAACCAUUAGAAACUUGAGACCAGCCUACAGAAUGAAUUCAUUUACAAGAUUUAAGGAAACUGCUGACAAAGCCACCCAAACUGACGAAUCUUUUUUAUUAAAGUAAUCCUUUGUCUAUUAAUUUCUCUGUGUACUACAUAUACCAUAUUUCAAUAUUUGAGAAUUUAUAUUAUCUGACUGUGCCAUUAUAAAAUUACUUAUGUAUUCUGUUAUAAUUAAUAUAAUUAGCAACGAUAUAUUUAAUGUAA